AUGGCGUCAGCACCAGUAUCACAGGAUGGAGUACGAGACCAAGCCAGCGGCCACACGACAAAGAGGCAAAACAUGAUCAAGCUGCACAAUGACAAGGUUCAAAAGCAACACGAGUUGAUCGAGGCAGGCGGUGACCAAGGUCGGACAAUCAAGAGGCCCGACUUUUCACAUCAAUACCCUGCGUCUUACAAGUCAGUAGCGGAGCUGGAAAAGGUAACCCUCGCCGCCCUCCGACCAGACACCCAUCACUAUGGCAAAUGCCUCAUCGUCCGCACCGUCGCCCUCCCCCACACGGGUGUAGGCACGACCACCAUCGUCGAGGACGAGACGGGCGCCGUCGAGCACCUCGUCAUCUUUGCCUACAGCGACUCGUCCAUCCUGUCCAACGUGCCCGAGGGCUGCUUCGUCGCCAUCAAGGAGCCAUUCUUUCGCACGUCUCCCCGGGACGAGGAGGAGGGAGAACUCGACCAGCCGCCCGGCGCAUUCAUCUCGAUCGACCACCCGUCCGACAUUGUGCUGCUCCGGUUCAGCGACCCCGCCAUCGCGGCUCGUUUCGGGUCGGUGACGCCGCUGCUCGGUUCCGCGCACGAGUGGAAGCAGGCCGGCGAUGCCAGCUUCCUGCAGGGCGACCUCGCCACGGCCGCCUUUUGCUACACCGAGGCGCUCGACUUUGCCAGCACCACAGACAACACCGCCACAACCCUCGGAAGGCAGGACACCCUCGACAGGCAAGGCAUCCUCGCCAAGCGCGCAGGCACGCACCUCCUGCUGGGCCGGUUCGACGCCGCGCGUGCCGACGCCCUCGAGUCCCUCGCGGGAGGCGACGGCGCACCCUCGGGCUGGCGCGCCCACCAGACGGCCGCCAAGGCCAGCUACGCGCUCGGCGAGUUUUCCACGGCGCUGGCGCACCUCGAAUCGGCCGUGCGGCUCAACCCGACCUCGGCGGCGCUGAUCAAGGACCGCGACCGCGCGCAGGCCAGGGUCACCGAGGAGGCGACGGGGGUCUACGACUUUGCCGCGCUGGCCGCGACGCUCUCGCCCGGGCCCGGCGGGCGGUGCACGCUGGACGUGGGCAGCUUCUCGCGGCGGACCGAGGAGCGGCCGUCGGCCACGCACGGGCGCGGGCUGUUCGCGACGGAGCGCAUCGCGGCCGGCGAGCUGGUGUUUGUGGAAAAGGCGACCGUGAUGCCGCCGCAGUACGACGAGGAGCGCUCGUCGGCCGCGCUCUACGCCGGCCUGGUGCGGCGCAUGCUCGACAGCCCCACGCUGGCCCGCCGCCUGUGCCGCAUGCACGCCGGCGACUACGCGCACGCCACCGGCCGCGAGGGCCAGGUGGUCGACGGCGCCGCCGUGGUGGACGUCUUCCACGCCGAGCUGCUGCGCGUCCGCAACUGCUUCAGCGCGCCGCUGGCCACCGCCGCCGGCCUGCGGCCCGGCCUCGCGAGGCAGCCGCCGUCCGCCAGAGGCCUGUGGCCGCUCGCCGCCGCCAUGAACCACGCCUGCGUGGCCAGCACGGUGCGCGCGUUUGUGGGGGACGUGUUCAUCACGCGCGCGCUCCGAGACAUAGAGCCUGGCGAGGAGCUCACGCAGCAGUACGUGCCCGUGCGCGCCGACGUCGGGGCCCGGCAGGGGCAGUACGGGCAGUGGUGGGGGUUCGAGUGCGGGUGCGUGCUGUGCGCGGCGGAGAAGGGGCGGGAGGCCGGCGGGGGCGGGGACAUGGUGCGGCGGAGACGGCUGCUGCUCAAGCAGAUCGAGAAGAUGGUGGACAGGAGCGCCGCGACGGUGGAGAUGUCGGGUGCCGUGGACGUGUUUGGCAAGGGCAGGGCCGACAGCGGGACGGUGCGCAACGUCGAGAGGGUCAUGGGCUUGAUGGAGGGGGCGCACGAGGUCGACGUCUACGGGCCGAAUGUGGUCUAUGCUGAUGUCGAUGGCGUCGGCGACGGACACAGAGACGCGGCGCCGCUGCUCCUCCCGCGCCUCCUGCUCGUCUUCCCCAACAUGUGGCUGAUGGACGCGUACCGCGGCCGGCGCAAGCACGCCAAAGUGGUGCAGAUGGCGACCAGGCUGCUGCGCAACUUUGGCUUCGUCUCCUUCCCGGGGACGACGAUGCGGGGCUUUUUUGAGCGGCAGCCUCGGAACAGCGCCGGCAUCAUGACCAUGCAUCUCGUGCGGGCGCUCAUGUGCGCGACCGAGGCACUCGGGCACUUGGGCAGGGCCGAUGAGGCGGGUGAUUGGGAGGCCGCGGCGAGGUUUGCGGCCAAGGUCAUGACCGGGUGGGAGAACGACCCUGCUGUCAUGCUUGGUCCGUCUUGA